AUGUCAAGCAGCUUAUUUAAUAAAUUAAAACAGGAUGUCGCACAUGGUAAAAAGAGAACUACAUUGAAUUACGAUUUCUAUCCCUCGCAACCUUCACCAUUUUCCACGACAACAUUUAAAAUAAACCCAUUGAAAAAAGGAGAAAAACCACCUAGUUUUGCAACUGAAGAAGAAAAUGAUUUGCGAAUUCGUGAUGAUAAGUUGUUCCCAGAAUUUCUGACAAGCAUGUUUGACAGUAACCAAAAUGUUUUGAAUCAACUAGGAAAUGGCAUUGCUCGUGAAAAUAAAAAUAAUAAAGUCGAAAAAGAGAUGAUAAAUCCAAUAACCAAGGGUUAUACUACUGUUUCAAAGAAUGGUAACUCUUAUAAAUUACAUAUUCCAAUUACUGUCGGAUAUGCGACGGAAUCCGAAGAAUAUGUUUCGGCCACAGCAUAUGUGCCUAAAAUUAAUGAUGAUUUUGAAACUCAGGAGUAUUUUUCUGGGACAGAAUAUAGACCUGAAGCUCAAGAAACAUACCAUAAAACAAAAUAUAUUCCAUUGCAAAAACACACUCCGAAGAUUGAGAGGCAAUUGCAAGUAACUAACUAUGUUCCUAUCAAAGAAAAUCACUUCCAUAGACCAACUACUUCUAAGACGAUUGAUACACCUAAAGAAAUAUCCUUAGAAGUUACAUCAGAAUCUAGUGAUGAUUCAAAUAAUUCUGAUCAAUUUCAGUCUGAUAUUAAAAAUGCGGUAUCUUUUAACAAAAGUUCAGAAGAUGCUUUAUCAGGAGAUAUUAGUGAUGUUCCUGAAGAACAAGCUAUUGCGGAACUUUUAGAUGAAAUAGAUUUAAAUCAAAUAUUAAAAGACAUAUCGCCUAAUUUGACCAUCUCAACAAAAUCAUCAUUCCAAAGCCUUUUGAAGGAUUCGACUAAAAGUAGAUUUGUUAUUUCCAACACAACGACGGAGAUCCCGGAGUUCGAGAAUAAUGAUAAUAAUAAUAACAAUCUUAGGAACUUCUAUAUUCAAAAUCAUGUCAAGGGAGACAAUGAUUCAGUACUGAAUUCAAUGUAUUUAUCUGAUACUGAAGAACAAGAUAAAACUAAUCAGUAUAUCGGAGACGUUGGUACGGUAAACGGCAAAAAAUACGAAAGAACGAAAGAAAAGACAUCUCCCCUCAAGAAAAAUUCGGUAUCAAGAACCUGUAAGGAAUGCAAUAAAAUGUACAACCUUGUACCUAAGAGUCAGUUGUACAACAUAAUUUCACAAGUUUUAAGAGCCGCUAACAUAAAUAAAAAUAUUGAUACUUAG